AUGGCCGAGAUCACCGCUUUAGAUGCUCUCCAAGCUUUCCACCAAGGGCUUCUAUCACUACGCGAAGGUCGCGUCGAGGGCGCAGAGGUACUAGGCAACGAGCUUUUGGUCCAGAUCUUUGAGACAGGACUGGGGAAGUUCUGGGAUAAGCCGGCGAGAAAGGGAGAUAAUAGAAAUGCUGUCCAAUCGGGCAAGGUUGUUAUUGACGGCGACGAAUACUCGAUAAACGACAACUUCCAGCAAGAUGUUCUAACAUUUUCUGACGAAGUAGAGCUCGACGAGCUUGAAUCCGCACGAUGUUUACUUGAAUCACAAGAAGAUCCUGAUACCCUGGGCCGAUCUCUCCUCGAAUGCGCCAUCAUCCGAUUCCACCAGCAGCGCAAGUAUGUUUUGGAUAUUGUUCGACUCCUCCUUGAAUUAGAAGGCCUUGGCGAUGAUAUUGCCGACACCGAAGCUCUCGAGAGCGUCAAGCUCUAUGUCGCUGAACGCUUGCUCCAGCCUAGCAUGGGCGCCGAUACCACAAAACGAAUAGUACCCAGGUGUAUGGCUUCAAUGAGAGAGAUUAAGGCGUGGCUACAGAAGAUAGGGGAUAAGAUUGCUGCGGCCCAGACCCUUGGGCAGACUACAACUGGUGGUGUCUCUGAACAAAUGGAAACCAUUGAGUUCUCCAGGGUCAGCUUGAUGCAACAACAUGAGUUAUUGGGUGUCAUUCUCUGCCGCAGUAUCGAAAUGAGACAAGGGUCAACACAAGACUUCCUCGACUUUGUCUCUGUUCUUCAAAGAGUUGACAGAUACGAUGCUCUGUUGGUUCACCUCAUACCAUCUAUUGGAGCGUAUAUCUCGGUCUUUGGCUCCGCUGAAGGAGGAUAUGACCUUAUCAAGGCUCGAGAACUGCAUAGCAAGCUCUUCCCUACAGAUAGCCCUCUCUGGCCUCUAUCCCAGCUACAAGCCGCUUUUCGUGCUUGGUGGUUGGCAGAAUAUAGUGGCUUUUAUGUCGAUGACCCCCCAGAGGCCGCGAUACCCCCCCACACCGAUUUGGACGAGGAGGAUCGACAGCGGUCAAAGGCCUUCCUGGAGUCUCUAAAGGACGGGUCUUUCGACUUCUUGCUCUCCAUUGCUGCUGAUGUGAAAUCUCCUGACUGGCACGACCCUGUCAGGGCAGGCAUGCGCAAGUGGCUACAGCGAAAGUCUCCUGCACUAGCUCCCGAUGCCAUUCCGUUCGCCGAUUUCUUCCAAUUGACCCUCAUGCUCCAGCUUGAGGUGUUCGUUGAUGGAUUUAUUUCUAAUCUCCCUGAUGUUCUACGAAAGCUUCGUGUGGAAGAGGACGAGCAACGCCAGUCUAGUCAGACCCAUGAGCAGGACCUGGACCUUGAGCGCUUCUUGCUAAUUAUUGCAUAUGCUUACGAAGGUCGACCCGAUGCUGCCAUGAACUUCUGGUCCGACCCCGAUAGCAAUCUCGCUGGCUUCAUGCAUUGGGCUUCUCGCAGAGCAUCCACACCUCUGGUGACGGCUUUUUGUGAGAUGCUUCAAGCUAUUUCGGAGAACGAAGAGUGCGCUUCUGCUGCACAUGAAUUCCUUAUUGACGAAGGUCACCAUUCUUCCGGGAAAAUGAGAAAAUCGCAGUCCUUGACAUGGGCGCAAAUCUUUAGAGAGCUGGACUUUUUCUCUGCCAAGAUUAGGCAAAAGCCAACGCCAACACAGACAAUACGUUAUCGGAACGAGAAGAUGAGCAGUGACCAAGCAGAGACCGAACCCGAGUCAGCCAUGAUGCUCGAGUGUUACCUCCGCCUAAUGUCCAAGCUGGCCAGCGAAAGCGAGAUCACACGGCAGUUUUUGCUUCACAACCCCAACUACAGCCUAGUCGAGACGUUGUAUGAACUUGCGAGCAGCCCUAUACCCCCUAGAUUGCGAGGCUGUACCUUUAUGGCUCUGCGGGCUCUGAUGUCAAGAAAGUCGCUUCAGGAGGGCAUUCUUAUGUGGAAUUGUCUUGAUACCUGGAUUACUGGAGGUUACGCUUCUCAUCCCGUCACUUCUCAUCGUCAGGUUCAGCAGUCAUCUAGUGUCUCUAUGGAACGUAUCUUUGAUGAGAUUAGCAACGGCUUUGAAGAUCCCGAGUCGUUCAUCCAGCUCCUGCUUUCCCUUAUAUCACCGGCCAUUGACAGCAGCCCCCUUAACGAUGGACUACCCUUCCCCGAGAAUCUCGGCUCAGCUUCCCGUAUGCCCGGUAUUGAGGUUUACGUCGAUUUUGUGAUGGGCUUGGUUUUUGCAUCAAAGGCCAAUGAUCUUCAGGAUGUCAACCAAACUAGGGUCCUGCGUCUUAGCUGCCUAGAAUUCAUCCUGAUCUGCCUAAACACCUUCAACGAGGAUCUGAUCAUCAUGGCCAACGAAACGAAUAUCAACGUGGACGGGGUCAUUGCUACUACUGAUUUAGCAACAUACGUGCGACUGCAUCCUUUUGCAAGAGUGAUGGAGUGGAUGUUCAACGACAAGGUCAUGGCAGGUCUUUUCAGCACUAUUCACCAAGAACCUGGAGAUGUUGGAAAUGCAGCACCUGACUCGCCCCUAAUUCUUGGCAUCUUGCGUGCAGUUGAGGUUAUCAGCAAGGUGCUUGAUCUCCAGGCUACCUACCUUGAGCUUGUCCGACCCAUUAUUAAGCUCCAGUCGAACCAGCGCCGGCCACCAGUAGCUAAUGCUGCCUUCCCCUCGUUCGAGGAUGGUCUAGUUACCCGACUGAACCUUGUUGUUGAUCUCGGUAACUACUGUGGUAUUGGACACCCAGACCUUACUCUUGCAUGUCUGAAACUCCUUGAGAAGAUGUCAUCUUCGUCAAAGAUUACAGCUGUUUGGUCAGGGUCCAACCGGCAAUUACACCGCAACAAGGCCAUCGUCGCCCUUGAGGCAAAUGGCGAGCAUGAGUCAAUUUCUCGAUCAUUCGUCUCGGAACUGAUCACCCCUCUGGAAACGGGCCGCGAGGCAGACUCACCAGCCUAUGUCACCAAGAUCUACAUCCUUGACUUCUUAUACCAAUGUCUACAAGAGACACCUCGCAAGCCAACGAUUGCUCAUUUGCUUCUUGGCUUGAAGUGUGGCAUUGACUCUCUCUCCGUUGAGGCUAAGGGCGCUUUCGCUUCAAGAACCUCUCUUUUCCACACACUCCUGAGAUUGCUCUUGGAAGCCCCCUCUGGCGAUGCCCAAGGAAUGCGACUGUGGCUUAUCGCCAUUAAAUCGCGAGUGAUGCGCAUUCUACAUAUACUCUGGAGCUCUCCCCUGUCUGCGCCUGUUAUAGUGCAGGAGCUUCGCGAGAAUGAGAUCCUCUUCCACCUUUUGCUUCGUGAGACAGUCAUCAACCCUGAUCUGCCAUGGGAAGGCGAGAAUGUUGCCGUCAUUCAAUUUCCUGUGACGGACGGAGCCGUUGCUUUAAUUGACUUCUUAUCACUCCGAAGCAUGAGUCUAGAAUACAUUGCCAUGGAGCUUUGUAGCAUUGCCCAAAAUCGUAUGCCCAGUGUUAAAAGGCGUAUUUUUGAGGCUCUGAAUGGUCAGGUCGUGGGAGAAGGAAACACACCCAUCCCAAUUCCUACCAUCUUUGACCUUUAUGACUUCUUGCUUCCAGAAGGCAUCUGGGAGAUUCCCUUACCCCCUCUUCAAUAUUAUACAAAUCUCGACCUGUCGUCUUGUUUAGAGAAUGACGCUGAUUCCAACCCAAUCUACAAUAUCGAGCGCGUUAAAGAGGUUCUCCUUCUCAAGCGUGGCGAAGCUCAAGAAUCUGGAGCGUUGGUUGCCGCCCAAGACCUGAUUGGUAUCGAACGUGAAGAGAGUAUGAUAAUAGAAUAUCUCAUUUCCUCGAACAGACAGAAGCAGCUCAUAACCCAGAGCUUGAAGGUGUUGAAGACAUGGACUAAACUCCUGCUGGUUAUGAUUGAAUCCAACGAUUUCAAGGGCUCGGCACAAAUCUCUUUCUUCCUUCAGGCUUUGCAGUCUAUUCUACCUAGCUUGGAAGCAUUCGCGUCUGAGCGACCAGAUGAAGCCUUUGAGCUUGCAAGACUGGCCAAGGUUUUGCUCUUCAAGCUUGAUCUCUCAGCACCAGCAGAUGACAAGCAAGGAUCGACUAUCGGUAAUCUGGUGAGUGACAAGCUCUUUCAGCUGUUCCAGAUCUGUCUGCAGGCCAUCGGCAAGUGGGCUGGUACGCCAGAACUAAGAUCGAUAUAUUACGCCAUCUGCUACCGCUACUUGACCGGCAUGGCUGAUCAAGGGGCGCUUGCUCUCAAUCGCCCUAAGACCAUCAAUACCAUCCAAGUAUAUGGUGAGCGAUUGAUCAACGUCAUCUGCGAUGAUGCAUACGGAGGUGAAGCGCAGUGUCAGACAGCUGCGUUGAUCCUUCUGAACGCUCUGGUUAGUAUGGGCCGCCAGGAGAACGAAGACCAUGUUGUGGAGACUCUCAACCGACUGAACUUUAUCGGAAUCAUGGUUGAUUCGCUACGAAACAUUAUGCAAGAAUGGCAUGAAGUGUUCACAUCAGGUACAUCUGAGCAGCAAAACUACCAAAACGCUCGUCUUGCUCUCCUCCUGGAACUUGCGCAGACCCGGAUUGGAGCUAAAUAUAUCCUACACUCCAAUCUCUUCCGUGCACUGGAGACGUCUGGUCUCUUUGGGGCAGACCCGGAGCUACAGAUCGAUAGCGCCAAUCCACGUGCUCUUGAACAGCAUUAUGACCUGCUCGCUCAAGUUGUGCGUAUUAUAGGCGCCGCGCUUGUCUCUCGCGGCAGUCACAAUGUGGUGCAGGGCCGCAGAUUCCUCACUGAUCAUCGCAUGCUGGUCACCCACACGCUUAAGCGUAGCGCCGGCAUUGGAAGCGGUAACGCGGAUGAGGGACUCGACCAGAAGAUCGAAGAACUGGCCGAAGGUUUGAUGGUUAUCAUUGCAGCAACUCGGUUCCUUGAGUUUGAGAAUGAGGUUCUUCCCGAACCUAAGCAGCAGAACCAUGGACUCUUCCACUGA